GCUGGAGGCCGGCACGCAGGAGUUGGAAGGUGUGAUGCAAAUGAGUUGGGAUCGCAGAGGAAAAGAAGGGCAGCCUUCAUAUAAUGCAUGAUAACUAGAGUGCACUUUUACAGUAUUCUUCACCAAAUUUAACUUUGGGCUUCUGCUAAAAGGUAACUGUAGGCCGGGGCCUAGAUCUCACAUAUCAGCUGGUGUCAAAAACCUGUCCCUUGAUGAUCUCUCGUAAGCACUGUGUUUUCCAGCAAAAUGCAGAAGGGCAGUGGACUGUCAAGGAUAACAAGAGUCUAAAUGGAGUCUGGCUUAACAAACAGCGCCUGGAUCCCUCAAAAGCCUAUCCCAUCACUGAAGGAGAUCAUAUCCAGUUGGGAGUGCCUUUGGAAAACAAAGAGACUGCUGAAUAUGAGUAUGAAGUGAUUAAAGAGGAAUGGGAGAAAAUCAGACCCUUUUUAGCCCAGAGGAAUGACCUGGGGAAAGCUAAGAGUUCAAGAACUAAACGUAAAUUUAGUUUGGAGGAAUUGGAGACAUCUGGAUCAGAAGGCCCUUCAAACUCCAGAUCCAAAAGAGACAGGGUGUCCUGGGACAAUGAACCUUUGGGUAAAUCCUGGGGAAGGAUAGAAGAGGCCAAACAGUUAACAGAGAAGCUGGAUGUCAAGCUGCAGUCUCCUGGCCCAAGCGAGGGGGAUAGUGCUCCAGUGCGUAGUAGCCCUGUGCACUCCAGGAAGGCCAUCCCUGUCCUCUGUAAGGAGCAGAAAGGCUCCGGUCUUGCGGAGUCAUGGACUGGCUUGGAAAUGCUGAAGAAAACUCUACUAGAUAUAAUGAAGUUAAAGGUCAAAGUGCAGGAGAAGCAGACAGCAGUUCUGAAUGUGAAGCAGAGGCGCAGGAAGUGUGCUCAGAAGGAGAUCCUGGCAAUGGAGCAGGAGCUGCGGGAGUUGCAGGACCAGCUGUGCACGGAGCAAGAGCAUCAUCAGCAGCAGGUAGAAGAGCUGGAGAGGACUUUGUCGAAACAGCAGCAGAAGCUAGAGGGAGUAAAGUGGCAACAUGGGGAAGAGAAUCUGAAGGAGCAGCUGGCCCAGGUUCUGCAAGAGCAUCAUGCUUUGAUGGAAGAACUGAGCCGUAGUAAAAAAGAUUUUGAGGAGAUAAUUCGAGCCAAGAAUAAAGAACUGGAAGAAACCAAGGAGGAGAAGGAAAAGGUGAGAGCCCAAAAAGAAGAGGUGUUGAAUCAGAUGAACGACGUGUUGGAGAAUGAGUUGCAGUGCACAAUCUGUUCUGAGCACUUCAUUGAGGCGGUCACGCUGAACUGUGCGCACAGCUUCUGCUCCUACUGUAUCAAUGAGUGGACAAAACGUAAAGUGGAGUGCCCUAUCUGCAGGCAGGAGAUCAAAUCAAAGACACGCUCUCUGGUCCUGGAUAACUGCAUUGACAGGAUGGUAGAGAAACUGGAUGUGGAAAUGAAAGAGCAUCGCCUGACGCUUAUCAGAGAGCGGAAAGGGAAACAGAAUGUAUUGGUGAAACCAGCCACAGACAAUGACAGCAGUGUCAUCUCUUCCAUCCACUCCGUCUUGUUGAUGAGCAGCUGUGACAGUGAGGACUCUGAGGAGGACUCUUACUAUAAUGAAAGCAACUACAUUAUCUGAACACUAUUACUGCAGACUCGUUUGCCUGUGUGCUGCCCAGAACCAACCUAAUGGUGUUUGGUUGACUGCUGCUGGAUGAGUGGACUGGACAUCUGGAAGGAGAGACUAUGAAGAGGCUGGAGUUGACAACUAGCAGCGUUUGGAAGAAGGACCUUAUUUUUUAAAUGAAUGUACAGAAGCUUGAUCUCUAAAACCAAAUUGGGAUUGUGAGAGAACAAACUGCUGUUACGCUAGAUGGUUGACUUUCAAAACCUAGGCUUUCAUGAUCACUUGUGACCUCGGUGUAAUGUAAUAGUUUGUAUGCAUCGCUGCCCUUUCCUUAGUGAAUGACAUGUUUAAAUGUACAUCAGCUUCACUUAUUUUGGGCAGCAGAGGGAAUGGCCGAAGCUCUUUGAGAACCUGGCCAUCCCCACCAGCAAGCAGGAGAGGUAUAUUAUGAAAAAGUGCCAACAUGGGUUUUCCUCUUGAAUUUCCUGUGGCAGCUAGAGUCAUCCCAGGCCUCUGGCAGUAAAGACAACAAAGGGUGGGUUAUGGACCCUGUCAGCCUUAAGUGCUUAAAUGCAUUGUAAGCUGAGCUGCUGGCCAUCACUUUGCUCUGUUGAUGUUACUCAUUUUCUGUUAAGAUAGGGAUGGAAAAGAUUAAAUCUUCCAGAAUUCCUUAGCUAGUGCUUUUUUCACAUAGUGUCUUUGGUUUGUUCCCGCUUCACGCUUUUGCAUAAAGGGUUUUAGAAUUGGGAAGCAACACAACCAGAAGUUCUUAGUACUGACUUCAGAAAUGCAUAUAGUUCUUGGCAGCAGCAGAGAGGAACCUUUGCCCCUUCAGAAGUACUUCUGAGUUAGUGAAAUGUCCUGUUGACAGGGUAGGAAAGCAGCAUCUGUAGGCAACGGCACGGCGCAGAAGCAUUUAGUUUUAUUGUUUACAAAACGUAUUACCCUCGUAGCGAAUCACUCAUCCCUAAGAGAUUGAGCAAGUCUUGCCUCAUCCUGUCACAAAUUUGUGAAGUUCCAUUUUCAGUGGCAUAUGCUUUUGACUUGGGGGUUACAUGGAAGUGACUGUUUUACACUGUGAGAAGAGGAUGGGGUAAGCCCUUCUCAUCUAGAGUAUUUCUCUGGCUAUUUUUAUGUACUUUCUCGUUUCUAUGUUUAUUUUAAGAAGGAAAAUAUAAAUCCAUUUCAGCAUUAGUCUUCCUUGGUGCAACCACUAAGGUUAAUGUCUUUCUCCUAUUCGUCUUAGAUUUUUGGGGAAAACACAGACUAUCUCAUUUUAAUGACUUCAUGUUUUGAUUGCUGUAACCAGUGUGACUAUUUUAAAGUUAUUUGAAAGACUUGGGUAUUCAGGAAUUGAUAAAAGACAACCUAGAUCUUCAAGCCUGUGGCUACCCUAAAGGUGAUCUGGUAAAUAAAAUCAUACCUCUAACCUUCUUCCACUGAAGAAAGAUCCUGUUAAAAAGGAAUGAUGAUAUUGUCCUAAGGAAAUAGUGCAUUUUACCAAAUUUGAUUGGUAGUGCUUAAACAGGGGAGGUAGGGCUGAUCUGGGUGCCAGGCAACUUUCUUAAAAUCUUAGUGUAAGGUUUCUUUGGUGAAGAAGUCAUUACAUCUUGAGUUUUCCUGUUUCCUUUUUAAUGUUAAUUUUCUAUAUGUGCUCUUGAAAGUUUCUUCUGUGAAUAUAUGCUCUCUAGGAUGUCUGAGAGAAAAGUGUUCCUCAAAACACUUGUGAAAUAGGCUGACAUUGGAGCAGGCAUUUCCAGUGAAGAGUAGAAGCAAAAUACUCUGGUUACCUCGGACUGCAAAUUCUUCUACUGUGUAUCUCUUCCAUGUUGCUGUGCUUUUUUUUUGCUUGUUUCAUUUUGCUAAAUAUAUUUAUUUUGUUA